GUAGCGUAGCGGUUGGGUGGAUCCGUAAACCGUUUCAGUUUAAUUCUCAUUUUGUUUCGUAUUUUAAUCGUAGUGCCUUAAUUAUAACAUAAUGUCCCGAAAUCCGAGACUAGAGGAGUUCGAAGUUGAAAGAAAGCCUUCAAAGCGGUCGAGAAAACACAGUUUCUGGAAUUUUGUCUUCGAUGAAGACACCGGAGCUAUAAUGGGAAGAACUCCUGAAAGUUGGGGCAAAAUCCUGAUCUUCUACGGAAUAUUCUACGGGGCGCUCGUCGCUCUGUUUGCUAUCUGCAUGGUGACUUUCAUGCAGCAGUUCAUCAACCCUCGUGUGCCGCGCCUGCAGCAGGAAGGCAGCCUAAUCGGCAACAGCCCAGGCCUGGGGUUCCGCCCCUUCCCCCCGGAUGUUCGGAGCACCCUCAUCUGGUAUAAGGGAACUGGAUACGACAGCUACAAGUACUGGGAGGAUCAGCUCAUUGAUUUUCUAUCUGUAUACAAAAAGAAGGGCCAGACGGCGGGCGCGGGGCAGAACAUCUUCAACUGUGACUUCCGCAACCCCCCGCCCCCCGGCAAGGUGUGCGACGUGGACAUCCGCGGCUGGGAGCCCUGCAUCGAAGAGAACCACUUCUCCUUCCACAAAUCUUCGCCCUGCAUCUUCCUAAAGCUGAACAGAAUAUACGGGUGGCGGCCAGAGUAUUACAACGACACGCAGCGUCUGCCGUCUGACAUGCCUGCCGACCUACAGGCGCAUAUACGAAACAUUACCGCCUAUAACCGCGACUAUGGUAACAUGAUAUGGGUGUCCUGCCACGGCGAGACCCCGGCUGACGAGGAAAUGAUCGGCCCUAUCCGCUACCUGCCGCACCCAGGAUUCCCGGGAUACUUCUACCCGUAUAACAACGCUGAGGGAUACCUCAGCCCGUUGGUCGCUGUGCAUCUGCAGAGGCCAAGAACUGGCAUCGUGAUAAAUAUCGAAUGCCGCGCGUGGGCUCCAAACAUCAAAUACGACAGGAGAGAGAAGCUAGGAGUCGUGCACUUCGAGCUGAUGAUCGAGUAGACCAAAAAGACCAGAGAAAAGGCCGGUCUUUUCAGUAGACCAAGUAAAAAUAUAUUUUUAAGACAAGAAUGGUUCUAGAGUUUGGUCUUCUGAGUAGACCUAGGGACGUAAAUGCCAAAAUAGGUUUUUUUUAUAGAAUGCUAUGAUAAUAUUUUGCUAAUUAAAAACGACAUGGACUACUGAAAAGACCAUCUCCAAUUGUUCCAUUUACCAAAUUUUCGGUAAGUUUUUAAUUUAUAUUGCAUUUAAUAAAAGAUUUUUAAAGGGACAUGUUUGAGGGGAUAUGGUCUUUUGAGUAGACUGAAUUAAUACUUAGCCUUAACAAAACUUGAAAUCAACAUUGAAUCUCAAGAAAUUAAGUAGAAUUUUGCAUUUUGUGACAACAGUAGCAUUAAGUAUACUUAAGGCCUUAUGAUCUGAGCCAUAAAGUCAUGUUUUAGACUUAAACUAGGAAUGUAAUAUAUUACCAAUCGGUCCUGUCUUUUGACGUGUAAAUAACUCCGUCCAAAGUUUCACGUAUCAAAAGUUAUUUUAAUUUUAAGUAUGAUAAAGGUGAUCGAAUGAUUUUUUUCAGACAAUGUUACAUAAUGUGGUGCCUUGUGGAGACCACAUAAGCGCUUUUUUUAAAAUCAAAUUCUCGUAAAUCGAUGUGAAUUUAUUCAAUAAAACCUCCAUUUCAUUCAAUUCGGUUCAUUCCGAGUAAAAAUUUAAAACACGUUUUUGUGUCUAUUGUAAGGUUUCGGUAAUAAAAAUGACAUCCAAAUGUGAUUUUACAAAAAUGCGCUACCUGCUUUCACAAUAAGACGACGAUAUUUUAUUAUGUCAUACACAAACGCAACUACCCCCCGCAAUCCACACUAUUCCACACCACACCCCGGUCACUGCAUACGGUCACGAGCAUUAAUAUGUAUACACUUUGGUACCAUGUCACAUUAACUUUUUUGACAAAUUGAACUGUAAGUCUCACUAAAUGUCAAAUAUGUUAGUGCGACAGAGUCCUAAAGUGGGUACAUAUUGCUCAUGACUGUACAUAAAUCUCACUGUUUGCCGCCAAAACGCAUCAGUCCAAGUGAGAGCCCUCAGCCCCCUUAUUUCCAUCUGUGGCAAACCUAUAAUAAUUCAAGUCAAAAAAGACACCUCAAAUUCAAAUUCAAAGUUUUUUAUUUGUAAGAAUACAGGUACAAAAUGAUCUUAUAGCAAGGAUGUCCGCCAUAUAAAUGUGUGUGUGUGUGUGUGUGUGUAGUGUGUGCCUCACCGUGUAAGUGCACGUAAGAGCGAGACAGACAAUCCGCUCGCGCUCCCCCUUACUCCUUAGCGGCUUACGGUCAGUUAGACUAAAGUAAGACCCAGAGGGGGUGCGGUAGGCGCCCAAUACCAAUCGGUGCGGGGCGGAGAGUUACCGUUCUACAGGUUCUUUAUUCUAUGACAAAGUGAAAAGUAUGGAUAAAUAAGCGAAUAAAUAAAUUUAUCUAAAUCGAAUUUCGGGUAUGAGUUGUGUUUAUUAAAGAAAAAGGCGUAUUUUUAUGUUAGUGGCAUUAUCUGAAGAAACGUUCAUACAUACAUAAACUCACGCCCGUAAUCCCUAAUGGGGUGGGCAGAGCCACAAGUAAUCAAAGACAACUUGCAGCCACUGUUGAUACGAAGUCCAAAGAUGGAUAUGAUGAACCUUAUGGUGAUAAGGGAUCAGCCUAUCGCCCAUAACAUUAGUCCAUCAUGUUAGAGGUCACAAUCCCUCUGUCGGUUUUUACGACAUGCCCGGGAAGAGAAGCAGCUGAACGUGUUCUAUGUUUUUUAUAUGCUCCCAGAACAGCAUAGAAGAAACGUUCAAGCAUGGUAUAAGAAAAUUAGGUAUGCUCAAAAGUGACAGCUAACAUUUGAAGGUUAGCCAUCAAUGCCUUUUUUAUAUUUACAUUGCAAGAAUAUUUUGAACUUUUGAUAAAAGAUUUACUUACGGUUUUAAUGAUUUUUAUAUAUGUGACAAGUAAUAGUCAUUAAAUACAUUAGUCCGUAAUUCGAUUAAUUUUCAAUAAUAAAAUUGACGUCCUUGAAAUGUUGGAGAUACCAAUUUAAUGGUAACACUUACGUCAUUAAAGGGCUAGCAAUGGCGGCUUGUCAUAGGAUUGAGCAUACCUGGUUUUGUUAUACCAUGCGUUCAAUUAUCUCUGGUAGGUAGACUUAUUUAGUUACUAUGUAUAUUAGGUAACCCCACCUCAGAUAUUUUUAUACAGCGCAUUAAGAAAAAUACAUGGAAGCAAUAUAAUAAGUAAAAAAUUGAGACUUAAAUCCACAUAAAUAAAACAUAAUUUACACUUUGUUUUACAUAAAACGAAAUUAUAAUAUUUAUUAUUCUUAUUUCAAACAAAAAUGAAUCUCGAAUGAAUUUCAAAUUCUUUUACAUUUUUUAAAAUUUAUUAUAUAUUAAAUCAAUUAAGUUUAUUUACAUCUUAUUACGAUUUUAUACAUUUUUUUACUUUUAUAAAUAUGUUUUUUUUUUAAAUUAAAUCAUGUACAACAAAAACAUUAUCAUACUAGAAACUUUGUACUGCCCAGUUACAAUCAGUGAUGUGGCGUUCCCGAAUGUUCCCAAAGUGAGACAGUAUAAAGGUGUAAAAGUUAUGUAAAAAAGAACUAUAUUACUUAGUCUUUACGCAAAUAGGAUCGGAGUACAAUCGAAGGACGUAAUAUACGAUCCCGACGACCCGAACACUAGCCAUAGAGGCAGCCAAUCAGCUCGCGACACCAAACACUUCAGGACCCCGAUACCGACCCCGCCGCCAUGGUCGACGAUUUCACUCAUUAGGUCACUUACCUCCGAAAACGUAUUUCUCGUGUAUGUGGGUUUCCUUAAGAUGUUUUUCCUUCACCGCUGAGCACGUAAUACUCAUACUUACAUAACUACUUACUUACUAUUUAAAUCUGUGUAAUGUAUGUGUAAUAGUCUUAAAGACAUUUAAAGCUAUAGAAAGACUGAUAUACCUGUAUUAAUCAAACAGUUCAAAGCUAAUAAUGUUAAUAAUGUAACCAUUCCAUAUAAGCUACUAUUCUACUACUAUUUUUAUACAAGUUGCUAUUAAUAAUAAUAUAUAAACUAUAACUGUAUUGUCCGUCCAUUUACUGACAUAUCUGAGCUAUGUUAGAUUACUUAAAAAAAGUGUGCCUUUGAUUUUGUAAGAAUAAUGCAAUAAAGUAGAUUUUGUACAA